AUGUCUUUGGUUCCGGCAAAAGGUUACAUAUACACUCCCCUGAAUCAACUAAAGGAUGGCACGGUUGUCAAUGUCUAUGGUGUUGUCAAGUUCUUCAAGCCUCCAUAUCUAAGCAAAGGAACUGAUUAUUGCUCAGUUGUAACAAUUGUUGACCAGACGAAUGUAAAGUUAACUUGCCUGCUUUUCAGUGGAAAUUAUGAAGCCCUUCCAAUAAUUUAUAAAAAUGGAGAUAUUGUUCGUUUCCACAGGCUGAAGAUCCAGGUGUAUAAAAAAGAGACUCAGGGUAUCACCAGCUCUGGCUUUGCCUCCGUGACCUUUGAGGGAACUCUGGGUGCUCCUGUCAUACCUCGGACUUCUAGCAAGUAUUUUAACUUCACCACAGAGGACCACAAAAUGGUAGAAGCCUUACGUGUCUGGGCCUCUAAUCACAUCCCACGCUCUUCAUCAUUACUACAGUUGUGUGAUGUUCAGCCAAUGCAGUAUUUUGACCUGACUUGUCAGCUUUUGGGAAAAGCAGAAGUGGAUGGAACAUCAUUUCUUCUAAAGGUAUGGGAUGGCACCAGGACACCGUUUCCAUCUUGGAGGGUCUUAAUACGUGAUCUUGUUCUCGAAGGUGAUUUAAGUCACAUGCAUCGGCUACAGAAUCUGACAAUAGACAUUUUGGUCUAUGAUAACCAUGUUCGAGUGGCAAAAUCUCUGAAGAUUGGAAGCUUUCUUAGGAUUUAUAGCCUCCAUACCAAACUUCAGUCGAAUUCUGAGAGUCAGUCAACAUUGUUAAGCCUUGAGUUUCAUCUUCAUGGAGGUACCAGUUAUGGUCGGGGUAUCAGAGUCCUGCCAGAAAAUAACUCUGAUGUGGAUCAGCUGAAAAAGGUUUUAGAAUCUGUCGAUUUGACAGCCAGUCAGAGUUUACUUGGCGGUGUCUGUGUGUCACAGUGUGAAAAUAGCUUACCAACCUUAUCAAGCUCUGGGUCAGUGUCACUCUAUGAGGUAGAAAGAUGUCAGCAACUGUCUGCUACAAUACUUACAGACCGUCAGUAUUUGGAGAAAACUCCACUGUGUGCCAUUUUGAAACAAAAAGCGCCUCAACAGUAUCGCAUCCGAGCAAAACUAAGGUCAUAUAAACCCAGGAGACUCUUUGAAUCAGUCAAACUUUAUUGUCCUAAAUGUUUUACACUGCAAGAAGUUCCACAUGAUGGAGAUUUGGAUAUAAUUUUGCAAGAGGGUGCAGCUAAAACUCCAGAUACCAAACUACAGAAUACAUCAUUAUAUGAUUCCAACAUGUGGACCACUGAGGACCAGGGAGGUCGGAAAAUAGCUCUUCACUUUGUGAAAAACCAUGGUAUUCUCCCACUUCCAAAUGAAUGCGUAAUUUUCAUAGAAGGAGGUGUACUCAGUGAAAUCUGUGAACUCUCGAACAAGUUUCAUGGUGUAAUUCCCGUGCGAUCUGGCAUUGAAGACCUGGAACUUGACCUCUCAGCGCCAUUUCUCUUCCAAGAGAAGACACAUCACUAUGGAUGUAAACAGUGUUCCAGUUUGAGGCCAAUACAAAAUCUAAAUUCCCUGGUUGAUAAAAUACCAUGGACUCCCUCUUCUGUGGCAGAAGUACUGGGCAUUGUACCCCUCCAGUAUGUGUUUGUUAUGACAUUUACUCUUGAUGAUGGAACAGGAGUUCUGGAAGCUUACCUUAUGGAUUCUGACAAAUUCUUCCAGAUUCCUGCAUCAGAAAUCCUACUCAAUGAUGAUCUCCAAAAAAGUAUGGACAUGAUCAUGGAUAUGCUUUGCCCUCCAGGAAUAAAAAUUGAUGCGUAUCCAUGGCUCGAAUGCCUCAUCAAAUCAUACAAUGUCACACAUGGAACAGAGCAGAAAAUUUGCUAUCAGCUUUUUGACACAACAGUUGCAGAAGAUCUUAUCUAA